AUGUUUGCCAGCUAUAUCUACAGUUCCCAAACCAAGCCUUUCACAUCCUUGAGGUUCUUGGCUGAGCCUUCAGAUGCUGUCACCAUGCGUGGAAGCAACUUGGUGUUGAAUUGCAGAGCAGAAUCAGACAGAGGAACCCCAGUGAUCAAGUGGAAGAAAGAUGCUGUCUUCUUGAACCUGGCAGUAGAUGAAAGGAGGCAGCAGUUGGCCAAUGGAUCCCUCUUGAUAGAAAAUAUUGUCCAUUCCAGACAUCACAAACCAGAUGAAGGGCUCUACCAGUGUGAAGCAUCUCUAGAAGGCAUUGGAGCCAUCCUCAGCAGGACAGCAAAGGUCAUGGUUGCAGGUCCCCUGAGGUUUCUUUCCCAGACAGAAUCCGUCACAGCUUUUGCAGGUGACACCAUUCUCCUCAAAUGUGAAGUUGUUGGUGAGCCCAUGCCCGUGGUGCACUGGCAGAGGAACCAGGAGGACUUUAUCCCCAGCCCCACUGACCCACGGGUGGCUGUCCUGCCCUCAGGAGCUUUACAGAUCAGCAGGCUUCAACAUGGGGACACUGGGAUCUACAGAUGCCUGGCCAAAAACCCAGCCAGUUCCAGGACUGGGAAUGAUGCAGAAGUCAGAGUUUUGGCAGAUCCAGGUCUGCACAGGCAGCAGUUUUUCCUGCAGCGCCCAGCCAGCGUGGUGGCUAUGGAAGGGAAGGAUGCUGUUCUGGAAUGCUGUGUUUCUGGCUACCCCCCUCCCACUUUCACCUGGCUGAGAGGAGAUGAAGUGCUCUCCAUGAGGUCCAAAAAGUAUUCCUUACUGGCUGGCAGUAAUUUACUCAUCUCUAAUGUGACUGAUGAUGAUUCUGGGACGUACACAUGUGUGGUCACCUACAUGAAUGAGAACAGCAGUGGCUCUGCAGAGCUCUCAGUGAUGGUUCCCCCAUGGUUUGUUAUUCACCCUUCCAAUAUUUAUGCCUAUGAGAGCAUGGAUGUGGAAUUUGAAUGUGCUGUGGCUGGAAAACCUGUUCCUACAGUGGAGUGGAUCAAGAAUGGAGAAGUGGUCAUUCCCAGUGACUAUUUUCAGAUAGUGGGUGGCAGCAACUUAAGGAUUUUGGGCUUGGUCAAGUCAGAUGAAGGUUUUUAUCAGUGUGUAGCUGAAAAUGAAGCUGGGAAUGCUCAGGCCAGCACACAGCUCAUCAUCCCAGAGCCAGCUGUCCCAAGUUCCAGUGUCCUCCCCUCUGCCCCCCGAGAUGUGGUCCCUGUUUUGGUCUCCAGCCGCUUUGUCCGUCUCAGCUGGCGCCCACCUGCAGAAGCCAGAGGCAACAUCCAGACCUACACAGUCUUCUUCUCCAGGGAUGGAAUCAACAGGGAAAGAGCAGUGAACACAUCUCAAUCUGGGAUGCUUCAGCUGACUGUGGGCAACCUGAAGCCAGAGGAGACCUACACCUUCCGAGUGCUGGCAUACAAUGAGUGGGGACCAGGAGAGAGCUCUCAUCCCAUCAAGGUUGCCACCCAACCAGAGUUGCAAGUUCCUGGACCAGUGGAAAACCUCCGGGCUGUGUCUACCUCACCUACCUCCAUUCUGGUCUCCUGGGAUCCUCCAGCCUAUGCAAAUGGUCCUGUUCAAGGCUACAGACUCUUCUGCACUGAGACAGCAACUGGGAGAGAGCAGAACGUGGAGGUGGAGGGGCUGUCCUACCACCUGGAAGGGCUGAAGAAGUUCACAGAAUACACUCUGCGUUUCCUGGCCUACAACCGCUACGGCCCCGGCGUCUCCACCGAGGAGGUGGUGGUCACCACCCUUUCAGAUGUGCCCAGCGCGACGCCUCAGAACGUCUCCUUGGAAGUGGUGAACUCCAGGAGCAUCAAAGUGAGCUGGUUGCCUCCACCACCAGGUACUCAAAAUGGAUUUAUUACAGGCUAUAAAAUCCGACACCGCAAGACAACCCGCAGGGGGGAGAUUGAAACACUGGAGCCAAACAACCUCUGGUACUUGUUCACAGGACUUGAAAAAGGAAGCCAGUACAGUUUCCAGGUGGCUGCCAUGACAGUGAAUGGGACAGGGCCCCCCUCGGACUGGUACACAGCAGAAACACCUGAGAAUGAUCUUGAUGAAUCCCAGGUUCCUGACCAGCCAAGCUCUCUUCAUGUCAGGCCCUUGACCACAAGUAUUGUCAUGAGUUGGACCCCACCACUCAACCCCAACAUCGUCGUCCGCGGGUACAUCAUCGGCUACGGCGUGGGCAGCCCCUACGCAGAGACCGUGAGGGUGGACAGCAAACAACGGUAUUAUUCCAUAGAAAACUUGGAGCCAAGUUCCCAUUAUGUCAUCUCCUUAAAAGCCUUCAACAACGCAGGGGAAGGAGUCCCUCUCUAUGAAAGUGCCACCACCAGGUCCAUGACAGUCCCAGAUAUCUCCACCCCCAUGCUCCCACCAGUAGGUGUCCAGGCUGUUGCACUGACACAUGAUGCUGUGAGGGUCAUCUGGGCAGACAACUCUGUCCCCAAAAACCAGAAGACACCAGAGGUUCGGUUCUACACGGUCCGCUGGAGGACGAGCUACUCCACGAGUGCCAAGUACAAGUCAGCAGACACGACUGCCCUGAGUCACACAGUGAUGGGGCUGAAGCCCAACACCAUGUAUGAGUUCUCUGUCAUGGUCACCAAAGGGAGGAGAUCCAGCACCUGGAGCAUGACUGCUCAUGCCACCACCUACGAAGCAGCUCCAACCUCUGCUCCCAAGGAUCUGACAGUCAUUACCCGGGAAGGGAAGCCCCGGGCUGUCAUUGUCAGCUGGCAACCACCCCUGGAAGCCAAUGGAAAAAUCACUGCUUACAUCCUCUUCUACACUUUGGAGAAGAAUGCUCCCAUUGAUGACUGGAUCAUGGAAUCCAUCAGUGGAGACAGACUCACCCACCAGAUCAUGGAUCUCAACCUGGACACUGUCUACUACUUCCGAAUCCAAGCUCGGAAUGCCAAAGGAGUUGGACCUCUCUCUGAUCCCAUUUUCUUCCGGACACUCAAAGUGGAACACCCUGACAAGAUGGCAAAUGACCAAGGUCGCCACGGGGAUGGUUCCUUUUGGCCAGUGGACACCAACCUGAUUGACAGGAGCAGUCUGAAUGAGCCUCCCAUCGGGCAGAUGCACCCUCCCCAUGGCAGUGUCACCCCCCAGAAGAACAGCAACCUCCUGGUCAUCCUGGUGGGCACAGUUGGGGUGAUCACAGUGGUGGUGGUGGUGGUGGUGGCCGUGGUCUGCACCCGGCGUUCCUCGGAGCAGCAGAGGAAGAAACGUGCAACCCACAGUGCUGGGAAAAGGAAGGGUAGCCAGAAGGACCUGAGACCCCCAGAUUUAUGGAUCCACCAUGAGGAGAUGGAAAUGAAGAACAUUGAGAAACCCACAAACUUGGACCCUGCAGGAAGGGAAUCACCAAUGCAGAGCUGCCAGGACAUCACCCCUGGAAGCCACAGCCAAUCAGAAACACAACUGGGCACCAAAAGUGCCCCCCAAACUGGUCCUGAGACAGAAGAGGUUGGGAGCAGCAUGUCCACCCUGGAGCGCUCUCUGGCUGCCCGCAGAGCCACCCGGGCCAAGCUGAUGAUCCCCAUGGAUUCACAACCCAGCAACCCUCCUGUGGUCAGUGCCAUCCCAGUGCCAACUCUAGAAAGUGCCCAGUACCCUGGGAUCCUGCCAUCCCCCACCUGUGGGUACCCCCACCCACAGUUCACCCUCCGCCCGGUGCCCUUCCCCACCCUCUCUGUGGACAGGACCUUUGGAGCAGGACGAAGUGGGAGUGAAGGGACAGCCCCCCAGCAGCCCUCCUUGCUACCCCAGACCCAGCCUGAGCACCCCAACCACGAGGAUGCUCCCAGCAGAACCAUCCCCACCGCCUGCGUCCGUCCCACCCACCCUCUCCGCAGCUUUGCCAACCCCUUGCUACCUCCUCCCAUGAGUGCAAUAGAACCCAAGGUCCCUUACACACCACUUCUGUCUCAAACAGGGCCCAACCUGCCCAAGGCUCAGGUUAAAACAGCAUCCCUUGGCUUGGCAGGAAAAGCCAGGUCACCUCUGCUGCCUGUCUCCGUGCCCACAGCCCCAGAGGCAACAGAAGAUGGCCACAAGCAGCCAGAGGACUCCACCAAUAUGAAGAUCCAUCGGAACGUCAAGACGCUCCACGAUAUGCAGCAAUUAGUGGGGUCCCUGCAAUGGCUCCGUAACGUAGUCCUGAUCCCUCCUGAAAUCAUGGCCCCCCUCUUCCAGACUGAUGGGGUAUUGCCGUACCCUUACUGGUUGGGCCCCUUCCUUUACCUCCACUACUACUGGUACUGCCGCUUUUGA